CUCUUUAGUAAAAUAUCUUAUCGUAUUUGUACAAUUACCUGAACGAGUAAUGGAAAAUGCAUGUUUACAUGUCUUAUGACGAUAAAAAAUUUCUAUUCUGCCAAAAUAUGUCAUUGUUUUACUGAUGGUCCGAAGGAAAAGAUCUCUUUAAUUCACAAUAAAAUGUAUUUUAUGAAAAUUGGAAAUAUAAUAUUAGUUUUACUUACUUUAAUAGUGACAACUAGUUGUCUUAGAUGUCUUUCAUGUAAUUCAAAAUUCAAUGAAAAUUGUCCGACAAAUUUAAAUGCAACUGCAACUAUUUUAUGCGAGGAAGGAGAUGAAUGUGUUACGUUUGUUGAUGAAAAUUCAGUAAUUUAUAGAGGAUGCAGUUCUGAAAUGGAUGAGAGCGUUGAUGUAUACAAGACAUGCAACAAUUCAGAUCUAUGCAAUCGCGAAAGUGUAUGUUUGGAUAAUCCAAAUUGUUUAUUUUGUGAUGAUGAAAAGUGUGUAAAUCCGGAUUCAACUUAUAAACAUACCUGUGUAGAAUGUGAUUCAACAUUAGGACAAAUUUGUAGUACUAUUGACAUAAAGCUCCAGCAAGUGGAUUGCAGAAAUUCUCAUCAAUUUAGCUGUUAUCAUUAUGAAAAAGAUAAUAUAGUGAAACGAGGAUGUUUGUCACAUAUAAGAGUAAAUGAUAAUCUAAAGCAGGAAUGUGAAAAUAGUAAUUUCUGUAAAAUUUGUGUUGGAAAUAAUUGCAAUAUUAAAGAAAAACUCCAAAUGUGUUUUACAUGCAAUUCAUUUGAAAAUUCAAACUGUGCCACAUUAAAAGAAGAAUUACCUGUGAAAAUUUGUAAAGAUUAUUUGGAUACUUGUAAAGUUUAUGUAAAACCAAAUUCUACAACACACAGAGGUUGUUCUCUAGAAAUCGAUGACACUACUGUUGAGUGUUCCCCUCAAACUGUAAAUUGUAAGCAGUGUUCAGAAAAUUUGUGCAAUGGCGGGAUAUUUCCAAACAAUCGAAUAUCCUGUUAUCAAUGCAGAGGACCACCAACAUCUGAUUGCUCAAGAAAUGUGAAAGAAGACAUGAUUCAUCCUUGUGAAAAAUUUUAUUUUCGGGAUUCAUGCUAUCUUAUGGUAGAUAAAAAUAAUGUUACUUCUCGAGGAUGUCUGUCGGAUUCUGAUUUUUUUAGCAAUCUUUGCCAAGCAAACCCCAACGAAUGUGAUGUAUGUCAAACUUCAAAUUGCAAUAUGAACAGUAUUAUACGACCACCUGCAUUGAAUUGCAUUAAAUGUGACACAUCAACAGAUCCCAAAUGUCUUUGGGGUUUUAAUGAUGGCUCAAAAACGCCGUGCACAAAAAAUGUUUUGCAUCAUCAAGAAGAAUCAUGCUUUAUUUUUCAAGUUUCAAAUACUUCUUUAAUCAGAGGAUGCACUUUAGAUUCUAACGUAUGUAAACUAUCUAAUUCUUGUUUAAUCUGUAAAGAAAGUGGCUGUAAUAACGAAAAAAAGGUUGAACAAUACUGUAUAGAAUGCUCCUCUGAAGAAAACGGGGAAUGUUUUAAUCAACCACAAAACUUAAAAAAUGUAUCAUGUGAAGGUAAUAUUACAUAUGAACAACGGGGAUGCUUUACAUGGACAAACGAAUUUAAUCAUGUGUCUCGUGGAUGCUUCUCUAGUUUGACAACUACAAAAAAAUUUAAAUGUUUAAAUGAUCAUGAGCAUUGUGAAAUUUGCUAUAAAAAUGAUAACUGCAACACUUUACCAAAAAACAAAUGUAACAAUCUUGACAAUAUGAAUUUUUUAAUAACCAUAGCAUUAGCAAUUUUUUUCAACUAUACCUAUUUUAACUAGAAAUUUGAAUCAAAGUAGACUUUUUAAUUUUUUUUCAACAAUCUUUGGUUUAAAAUUUAUAAAAUGUCUGGUUUCUAUGGAAUACAUUUGAAUGGAGGAAGUCAAUUUAUCAAGCAUCCAUCAGCAGUCAAUAAACAAAAAAUUAAGUAUGCAGUGGAUAAUGCAAAAAAGGAAGAUACUCUCAAACGAGAGCCAAUCCAAAUAACAAAAGAAAAAUUAAAUGAUUCUUUAAUUGACAAAAAUGCUAAAUUAGAAAAUAAAUCAAAAACUUUGUUGGUUUGUAAGCAGAAUCUUUAUGUAAAACCAAGUAAAGAGAACCUUCGUAGAAAGAAAAAUCAAAAUAAAGAAAAAGGAGUCAUUAAAUUAUCUAUCAAGAAAAUGCAAAACAAAAUUGAUGAACUGAGUGAAGUUAUUAAGAAAAAGGUCUCGUCUACAACUAAAGAACAAUAUACUGAUGAUUCGAAAACAGAACAAGUCAAAGGAGCAAACAGUUACAAACUUAGCAAAAAGAAAACUAUUCAAGGAUUAUUUCUUAUCGCUGGCAUUUUGCUUUAUUCAUUUAUUCUUGUGAUUAUAUCAGAAGAACACGACUCUUCCACAAAUGCAAUCAAAAUUAAUAUGCCAAAUUCAACGCCACGAAAAAGUUUGAUUGAUUAUUUAUUUAAUAUUAG